CACUCAAGCGUGUCCGCGCAGCGCGCACUCGUGAAGCUCGUGUGGGGAGCUCACGAACACGCAGGACCAGAGCAUCAGGAACAUACACGCAGGAAAAACACGGGAAUGUGACUGGAGUGUAAAGGAUGAAGGAUGCGUUCGCUGGAAAAGGUCACACGAAAUGCAUGAAGAGCAGUGGGAGGAAAUCUUAACGCAACUGCAACGGAUUACCAAUAACACACACGUAUAAAGGCUUCUUUUUUUUUGAGGGAACAUGAAUACCAGGAAUGGGGGAUUUGAUAUUUCACCAAAGCAGGAGAGAGGACCUGACGAGAAUACUGGACAGUGAAUGAGGAUUCGCCCGGAGGGGAACAGUGCUCGUCUAUGCAUUUUUUCUUCAAUGACAGGAGUAAUCGGGCUGUGUUUGAGGGUCUGAAGGCAGGAGACACGUGCUGGAGGAGUUUCUCAGCGUACGUCGGCAUCUAGCAGCAGCGGCCUUUUUAAGGGACCAUGUGGUUAGCGGUGCGCAAAAACCGGCUCCUUUUGCACCAGCAGGACUGCUGCGGUGGCAGGGCUCGCAACGUUUCUCUAUGGAUAUGGGUUUUUUGUUGGUGUAUGACGCUCGUCUGGGGACAAGGCUACUACCCCACCGUGAACACGCAGUACGGGAAAUUACGGGGCGCGCGGGUUCCGUUGCCCAGCGAGAUCCUGGGACCGGUGGACCAGUACCUGGGAGUGCCGUACGCCGCCCCGCCGGUGGGGGAGAAACGCUUUCUACCCCCUGAGCCGCCCUCGUCUUGGUCAGGGAUCAAGAACGCCACUCAUUUCGCGCCGGUGUGCCCGCAAAACAUUCACAACGCCGUUCCGGAGAUCAUGAUGCCAAUCUGGUUCACCUUUAACUUGGAUAUAGUUGCCACUUACAUACAAGAUCAAAACGAGGAUUGUUUGUAUCUAAACAUCUAUGUUCCAACGGAGGAUGUCAAAAGAAUAUCCAAGGAAUGUGCCAGAAAACCCAACAAGAAAAUUUGUAGAAAAGGAGGAACCCAUUCCAAAAAACAGGGCGAGGAUUUAUCCGAUAACGACGGUGAUGAAGAUGAAGACAUACGAGAUACUGGAGCCAAACCUGUGAUGGUGUACAUUCACGGCGGAUCGUACAUGGAGGGCACCGGGAACAUGAUUGACGGAAGCGUGCUGGCCAGUUACGGGAACGUCAUCGUUAUUACGCUCAACUUCCGAGUCGGCGUCCUAGGGUUCCUCAGCACAGGAGACCAGGCUGCUAAAGGGAAUUAUGGGAUUCUGGAUCAGAUCCAGGCUCUGCGUUGGAUAAGCGAGAACAUUGGCUAUUUCGGCGGCGAUUCCAAUCGCAUCACUGUUUUUGGAUCAGGAAUCGGUGCCUCUUGUGUGAGCCUUCUGACCCUGUCCCAUCAUUCUGAAGGACUGUUUCAUCGUGCCAUAAUCCAGAGCGGCUCAGCUUUGUCCAGCUGGGCCGUCAACUACCAGCCGGUUAAGUACACAAGGCUGCUGGCAGAGAAAGUGGGCUGUAAUGUGUUGGACACUUUGGACAUGGUAGAUUGCUUGAGAAAGAAGACAGCUCGCGAACUGGUGGAACAAGACAUCCAGCCGGCGAGAUACCACGUAGCCUUCGGCCCAGUCAUCGACGGUGAUGUCAUUCCCGAUGACCCUGAGAUCCUGAUGGAGCAGGGCGAGUUUCUCAACUAUGACAUCAUGCUGGGUGUCAACCAGGGUGAGGGUCUGCGCUUUGUGGAGAACGUUGUGGACUCUGAAGACGGCGUCUCGGGCAACGAUUUCGACUUUUCUGUCUCAGACUUUGUGGACAGUCUGUAUGGUUACCCAGAGGGAAAGGAUACUCUACGAGAAACCAUUAAGUUCAUGUACACGGACUGGGCGGACAGAGACAACCCUGAGACGCGGCGCAAGACUCUGGUGGCGCUGUUUACUGAUCAUCAGUGGGUGGAGCCCUCAGUGGUGACGGCAGAUCUUCACGCCCGGUACGGGUCACCCACCUACUUCUACGCCUUCUACCACCACUGUCAGAGCCUGAUGAAGCCCGCCUGGUCCGACGCGGCCCACGGAGACGAGGUGCCCUACGUCUUCGGUAUACCCAUGAUUGGCCCGACCGACCUCUUCCCCUGCAACUUCUCCAAAAAUGAUGUCAUGCUCAGUGCUGUUGUCAUGACCUACUGGACAAACUUUGCCAAAACUGGAGAUCCCAACAAACCAGUGCCUCAGGAUACCAAGUUUAUCCAUACUAAGGCCAAUCGUUUUGAAGAGGUGGCUUGGUCCAAAUACAAUCCCCAAGAUCAGCUGUACCUGCACAUUGGCCUAAAGCCACGAGUCCGUGAUCACUACCGUGCCACCAAAGUGGCAUUCUGGAAGCACCUGGUCCCUCAUCUGUACAACCUGCACGACAUGUUCCACUACACCUCCACCACCACCAAAGUGCCACCACCCGAGACGACUCAGAAUUCCCUGUCCACCAAACGUCCCAAUGGCAAAGCCUGGCCGUUCAACACCAAGCGGCCACCAAUGUCUCCAGCGUACAACAGCGAGAGUGGGAAGGAACAAUGGAACGGGGAAGAGGAACCAGGCCCUCUGGUGGUGGAGAACCCACGGGAUUAUUCCACCGAGCUGAGCGUAACCAUCGCAGUAGGAGCUUCACUGCUGUUCCUCAAUGUUCUGGCGUUUGCCGCUCUGUACUACCGCAAGGAUAAGCGCCGGCAGGAACAGCACCCACAACCCAGCUCACCACGAGCCACCACCGCCAAUGACGUGAACCGCCACGGCCCUGAAGAGGAGAUCAUGUCUUUGCAGGUGAACCAGACACACCACGAGUGCGACGCAGGACCUCCCGGUGACCCGCUGCGGCUCGCUUCACUUCCCGACUACACGCUGACUCUGCGGCGCUCGCCUGACGAUAUCCCGCUCAUGACGCCAAACACCAUAACCAUGAUCCCCAACUCGCUAGUGGGCAUGCCGAACCUACAUCCGUACAACACCUUCACAGCCGGCUUCAACUCCACCGGCCUGCCACAUUCCCACUCCACCACGCGUGUAUAGCUUUAUGGAGAUCCAGCAAAGGGAGGGAUGGGGGAAAAGUCAUUGGUUUUAAUGAAAGCGUCACAGCGAGAGAAGGGGAUUCAGGAUGAUGACAGAAACAAAAUGAUUUGAAUAGACUUUUGCAAAAAGCAGUGACAAGUUCUUUCCAGAUGUCAAGUUGUGCAAACCUGCCAAAACAGAACUGCUCUCUUUCCUUCGAAAAGGGACGAGCGUUUCAAGCAGUAUUUUUUCUAAUCAUCGUUUUAAAAGAAAAGAAAAAAAACGCCUUUCUAAACAGAAAC